CCGGUCCUCUAACUCGCUCGCCCGCGCCCCUCCCCCCUCUUGUCAACCCCACCCUUCCCCCUCCACCCCUAGAUGCAGAGGUGGGAGGCGGUGGGGGCGGGGAGGCGGCAAGGGCUUCCCAGGGCGCCUGCGCGUGCAGGGAACCUCUCGGGCCACCGACUGUUUCUCGAGCCCAACCCCCACCUUGUGGCCUCCCUCCCCCACCCUCUCCUCCCUCCAAGCCCCCCGCGGCAAACUCAAGCUCCCAGCUUCUCCGGGCCUAGCGACCAACCGACGCCCAAGGUACCAUGACCUCGCGGGCUCCCGGCCAGGCUACUGCGCCUCAGCUGCGGCCAGUCACCCACCUGCUCUUUGACAUGGACGGCCUCCUUCUGGAUACUGAACGACUUUAUUCAGUGAUAUUCCAGGAAAUCUGUGACCGCUUUGGAAAGAAAUAUACAUGGAUGUGAAAAGCCAUGGUUAUGGGUAAAACAGCAUUGGAUGCAGCACAAAUUAUUGUAGAAGUCUUGGAUCUUCCCUUAACCAAAGAGGAACUGGUGACAGAAAGCAAAAAGAAGCAAGAGCAAAUAUUUCCAACAACUGUAUUUAUGCCAGGUGUUGAGAAGCUAAUCAAGCAUCUACAUAGACACAAUAUACCCAUUGCUGUUGCUACCAGUUCAGCUGGAUCUUCAUUUGAAUUGAAAACAAAAAGACACAAAGAAUUCUUUAGCUUGUUUAAUCAUCUUGUUCUGGGUGAUGAUCCUGAGGUGAAAAGUGGCAAACCGGAGCCUGAUUUAUUUCUAACUUGUGCAAAGAGAUUUUCCCCUUCUCCUCCAGCAGAAAAGUGCCUUGUGUUUGAAGAUGCUCCAAAUGGUGUUGAAGCAGCACUUGCAGCUGGGAUGCAGGUGGUUAUGGUUCCAGAUGAACAAUUAAACCCAGAGCUUACAAGAAAGGCAACUUUUGUGCUGAAAUCACUGGAGGACUUUAAGCCAGAAUUGUUUGGUUUGCCACCAUAUGAUUGACAGAUAUUCUUAUGAAGGUCUGUUUUGUGGCAUUACUACCCUAUUUGUUAUCUUGGAUUUUUUUCCAUUUUAAUGAAGAACUGGUCAAGAAAAUCAUCAUAUAAUCAAAAAAUAUUUGUUAGCUAAUAAUAUAGACAUUCUUUCUACCAUAUCAUGUACUGUAAUUUCCAAGUAAUUCAAUGAAUUCAUUCUGCUUUGACUGUCUCUUUAUUUGAGGACGAAUAAACAAUGAAAAUGGCCAAGAUGAAUCAAAGGGCAAAUCAUAAUUAACAUCCAAAUAAUCAGUAGUUGAUUAUACUAAAUUGAAAAAUACCCAGCUAUCUGUGAUUUAUGUUUCUUUACCAAAGUGGGAUCAUGUUUAUGCUCAGAAUAAAAUUAAUAAAGAUGGAUUUAUUUUAAUGCCAAAUUGCUAUUUCAAAAAAAUAAAACUUUAAAAAGUACUAUUUGCAUCUUGAUAAUUUAAUCCUAUACCUGAAGCUAUAGUCUUGCCUACUUUACUAUUUUCUACUUUGAUAGUGUGAACAUGUUUAAUUGAUAGUGUAAAAUUUAGAAUCAUGAAGACCUGGCUUCCCACCCUAGGCCCUUCAUAGUUCUGUAACCCUAGGUAAGUCAUUUAAGCUAGGUCUUAGGCUGCCCACUAGGACUUAUUUACUAAAUCAGUAACUUAAUGGAAGGUAUUCUCCAUGCUGAUGAAAUCAUAGUUCAUUGCUCAGGGUUGUGCUGCUAAAUAUUCAACAACAGGCUCUCUGGAACUACAUGACACACUUUUAAGUUUAAUCUACAUUUGUAAAAUUUUAUCUAUCGCUUUCUUAAGUUUAAACAAUUAACAAAACAAUAGCAUUCAUUUUUAGCAUUUGCCAAUUUCUAAGGUAAAUGUUCUCACUAAAAAUUUAAUUAUUGGCUCUCAAGUUAUUGGAGCUGGCUUAUCCCCUGGGUAAUCCUUCCCAUAUUUGCAUGAUUGUUUUCAGCGUAUAAAACUGGUCAUCUUUCAGGCCAUCUUAAUGAUCUUAAUGUGCUUCAUUUUUAGAGAUAUCUUUUUCAUAGGUCACUCUGACACAGAUCAUAUGAUGUAGCACAAAGAAUGAUUAUAACUUCACAGAUUUUAGAAGAGAACCCAUCGGGCAGCUAGGUGGCACAGUGGAUAGAGCACCAGCCCUGGAGUCAGGAGUACCUGGGUUCAAAUAUGGCCUCAGACACAACACUUACUAACUGUGUGACCCUGGGCAAGUCACUUAACCCCAAUUGCCUCCCUUAAAAAAAAAAGAAAAAGAAGAGAACCUAUGUUUCUCAAUGAGUAUUGUUCCUUUUUUAAAUUUUCUGAGUGAUGGAAAACAUUAAAAUAAAUAUGUAUCUUCUUCAGUUAAGUAUUUUGACAGGGAUAAACAUUCACAUCAAAAGAUAAGAUGUUAUCUUUUCUAAAAAUAGAUAGAUGUCAUGUUUGCUAAGAAACUAAUAACAUAUGGUCAUGUUUGCUAAGAAAUUAAUAACAUAUGGACAUUACUUCCAUGAGUAACUAGAAAAUAAGAAUGAUAUUUCUAGCAAUAAAUAACCACAGUUGGACCCAAGGGACUAGGGUAAUGUACUCUGUCCCUCGCUUUUUCUUCUAAGGAUAUCCUAUCUUCUCUGGACCCAAGCAUAUAGUCCAGAUAGGAUUCCAUCUUGAGGAGGUCUAACCACUUAAAAGAAGGGUCAGUUGAACUCUUUUUUUUUUCUCUCAUUCUUUGGCUCAUUGUUUUCAGGGCACCAGACCUCUCCUGAAGGUGAGGUUUCCCCUCACACACUCUUUACUAUGAGAAGAGAUUAACUCUCUUUUAAAGAUACAUCAUUUGAUGA